AUGAGCCUAUCUCCAUCACCAAGUCCAGAAGGAACUCAAGAGGUAGGGAAUUAUCAUAAUUUUAAUACUAUAAGUCAUUCGUCAGCCAAGCUAAAGCUACCAAAAUUGAGUUUUAAGAAGUUUAAGGGAGAUUAAGGAGUGGACUACGACAUAUGGCAAUCUAAUUGUCUCAAUAUUGAUGCAAUGGCUGCCACCAGGUUUACGUAUUAUUGUAACAGAGAAGAUGCAAGAGGAUGAACGGUCUUUGGAUAAACCUAUGACAAUCUUUGGACAGGAAUUAAAGGCUAGAGAAAGAGCAAAUCUGCAGUGUUUACCUUUGUCAAAGUCCAGUUAUCAAUGAAAUAAACCGGCAACAGCUGCUAUUCUUUCUGCAGUACUGCAUGACACUACCAGUUACUGUCAAGGAAAGCACUUAUCUGCAAACUGCAAGACAGUGACCAAUAUGGCUGCACGGAAAAAUUUUCUGAAACAAAUUAGACGGUGUUUUGUAUGUUUAAGAAAAACCCAUAUUAGUAGGGAAUGCCAAUCGAACAUCAAAUGUUUUAAAUGUGGUAGAUGACAUCAUGGAAGUCUGGCCAACUAGCGAGCACCUCAUCAUCCACGUCAGCCCGCAACAGAGACUGAGAAAAGGGAUGAAACCGAAAUUGGUGGCAAGAACUUACCAGCACAACUAAACAGAGAAGGAGAUCAACAACAACAGCAAGCUACUACAAGUCAAACCAUGUAUGUUGGCACAAGAACAUCUAGUGUUUGUCAACAUAUACAAGCCCGGAAUGCAGGAAAACAGAGUAAAUGCUCGACUUAUACUGGGAGCCAACAUUCUUUCAUUACAAUCAGAAUGAAGAAUCAAUUAAAUCUUGAUGCAGAAGGGACACAAAACCUGAUGAUUAAGACAUUCAGAGGCCAAGCAGAACUACAAACAUGUGAAUUUCUGCACUUCAACAUUGAGACAGAAUCAACUUAUCCCGAUCUUUCACUUACAGCAUUUGUAGUAACCAAAAUUUGUCAACCACUCAGACACCAAACAACGCAAGUGGCAGAGGAAAUUUUCCAUCAUCUCGAAAGUCUUAAUCUUGCAGAUCUUAGUACUGGUGAAGAAGAGUUAGAAGUUGAUAUUUUGGUGGGAUCUGAUCAAUAUUGGAAUUUAAUAACUGGAGCAGUUAGACGGGGAGAUCCUGGACCUAACACAAUGGGAACAGAGGUUGGCUGGGUUGUGUCUGGUCCUGUAACAGAUCCUGUGAGUGAGGAAACCAGCUUGGUGAACACACAUGUUCUGAAGUUUGCGACACAACCACUAACCACUGAUGCGACAGAUAUGACACAAGACAGGGGCGGAUUCAGACCGUUGCAAACGUAGCACAUGCUAAGGUCAGAUUUUCCCCGAAAUAUUUUUCCAGGGUGUACUUUUUUUAAAGUUAGGGGUAAUUUCACGCCAAAUCGACUAAACUUCCUGCACAAGCAUUACAGAUUUAGUUGGUUUUUGGUACACUUUUAGAUCAUUAUAUAAUUAGAAUUUGUGUGAAUUUUCACUAGAUGACAUUAAGUAUUUCAGGAAAUAUAAGCAAAACACUGUGUGAUUGUCAAUGGCGGAUGUCGCCAUUUUGA